GUCAGAUGGUUUGGGGAUUGCGUUGUAGAUCUGGUUUUACAGGAAGUUAAAUUGAUCACUUUCUCUCCCAUUAAGUGCUGGACUCAAUGUAAGUUUGGGAAGAGGUUUAGCGAUGGUUCCAUCUGGGAGGACUGAAGCUCUGCUUCUGCUGCUACUGACACUCCAACUGCACUUCGGCCUAGUCGUCUCUAUGGUAACAAAGACCAGUUUGAUUCAGGAGCAGCCAGAGGAAGGCGAGUCGAAGUCUCACGAACGUGUGAAGCGAGGCUGGGUGUGGAACCAGUUCUUCGUUGUGGAGGAAUACACAGGGACGGAACCCCUCUACGUAGGAAAGAUUCACUCGGAUUCUGACGAGGGGGAUAGCUCAAUCAAGUACACAAUCUCAGGGGAAGGCGCUGGCACCAUUUUCAUCAUUGAUGAGAUUACGGGGGAUAUUCAUGCCACCGAGCGAUUGGACCGUGAAGAGAAGACCUUCUACACCCUGCGCGCCCAGGCCAGGGACCGGCUCACUGACCGCCCGCUCGAACCCGAGUCUGAGUUCAUCAUCAAGGUCCAGGACAUCAAUGACAGUGAGCCCAAAUUCCUGGAGGGACCUUACAUUGGGAGUGUCCCAGAGCUGUCACCCAUUGGGACAUCAGUGAUGAAGGUAACCGCCUCCGAUGCAGAUGAUCCCACAUACGGGAACAGUGCACGGGUCAUAUACAGCGUACUGGAGGAGGAGAAGAUCUUCACGGUGGACAGCAAGACCGGGAUCAUUCGCACGGCUGUGGCUGAACUGGACCGAGAGAAGCAGGAUCGCUACGAGCUGGUCAUCAAAGCAACUGACAUGGCGGGGCAGAUGGGCGGGCUCUCAGGAUCCACCACCGUUACCAUAGUGAUCACCGACGUCAACGACAGUCCCCCACGCUUCCCACAGAAGAUGUACCAGUUCUCUGUGUCCGAGUCUGCAGUGGUGGGUACCCCAGUUGGCAGGGUGAAGGCGGAGGAUGCUGACAUGGGCGAGAACACGGAUAUGAGCUACCUAAUUAAAGACGAGGAGGGGGCCGAACUGUUCAGAGUCAGCACUGAUGGGGACUCCCAAGAGGCUAUCAUCACUGUCAGAAAGCCCCUGGACUAUGAGAACAAGCGAACACACAAUGUGGUGGUGGAGGCAGUGAAUAAGCACGUGGACCCUCGCUUUGUAGACCUGGGGUCAUUCCGAGACCAGACCAUCGUGAGGGUCAGCGUGACGGACUGGGAUGAGCCCCCCCAGUUCCGGUCGCCCAUAGCGGUGCUGGAGGUGCAGGAGGACGCAAGGCUGGGGGCUCUGGUGGGGGUCGUGAAUGCAGUGGACCCUGACCUGGACAAUGCUCCUGUCAGGUACUCUAUAGAGCAGAGCACAGACCUGGAGAACAUAUUUAACAUUGACUCCAUCACUGGUGCCCUCACCCUGGGCAAGAUCCUGGACCGGGAGACAGCAGGCUGGCACAACAUCACUGUGCAGGCCAUGGAAGCAGAUAACCCCUCUCAGGUGUCCAAGACGUCUGUCAGCAUCCGAAUCCUUGAUGUUAAUGACAACCCACCCGAACUGGCAGCUCCUAAUGAAGCGUCUAUCUGUGAGGAUGCAAAACCUGGCCAGCUCAUCCACACUAUCAGUGUAGUAGACAGAGAUGAGCCGCAGACUGGGCAUCGAUUCUACUUCACUCUCGCACCCGAGGCAGCCAACAACCGACACUUUAAGCUGUGGGAUGUCAAGGACAACACGGCAGGAAUCCGAACACAGCGGGCAGGCUUCAACCGGCAGGAGCAGAACAUCUACCUGCUGCCCAUCCUGGUGGUGGAUAGAGGCCCCCCCACCCUGAGCAGCACCGGGACGCUGACCAUCCGAGUGUGUGGCUGUGACACCGACGGGACCAUCCAGACCUGCAACACCACGGCCUACGUGAUGUCAGCGGCGCUGAGCCCCGGCGCACUCAUCGCUCUGCUGGUCUGCAUGCUCAUAUUCAUCGUGCUGGUGUUGUUGAUCCUAGCUCUGAAGCGACACCGGAAAGGCCACCGGAUGUCAGAGGAUGAGGAGGACAUGCGUGACAACGUGAUCAAAUAUAAUGACGAGGGUGGCGGCGAGCAAGACACCCAGGCUUAUGACAUGAGUGCCCUGCGCAGCCUUUACGACUUCCCUGAAGUCAAUGGGGGCAACUCAGGGCCUGAUCUUCACUCCCUGCCCCAGUGGAUGCAGGACCAGAGCCAGGGCGACCUGAACGACUCAGCCACAUCGUCAGAUUUCUCUAUCUUCCGGAGCUACAUCUGCAAGAAGGUGGAACUGGCAGACACAGAUCUCUCUGUCCCACCAUACGAUUCCUUUCAAACAUACGCCUUUGAAGGCUCCAGCUCACCAGCACUCACAUUGAGCUCCAUCCACACUCUCUCUAACACAUCCGAGCAAGACUUGUCAUACCUAAGUGACUGGGGGCCACGCUUUCGACAGCUUGCGGGCCUGUACUUAGUGGGCCAUAACGAGGACGUAGGCUCCUAG